UAUGCGUGUCGGAAGUUUUUUCGCGCUGCUGUGAACAAAUCUCACGGUGAGAAUUUACCGGUGAUGCCAUCAAUGGCGCAAGGAGAACUCAAGAGCUCUGUACUAAACAGUAAAUCCCCAAUUGCUUCACGCUUCAGAAUGAGGCAGAAGAUAGCAGAACAUAGAAAGUCUCUUCCUAUUGCUUCAGUGGAGAAGCGUUUGAUUGAGGAGGUUCAAAAGAAUGAUAUUUUGAUUAUUGUUGGUGAAACCGGUAGUGGGAAGACUACUCAGCUGCCUCAGUUUCUAUUCAGCGCUGGAUUCUGUAGGGAAUGGAAGAUGGUGGGGAUAACGCAGCCGAGGCGUAUCGCUGCUGUGACUAUUGCCAAAAGGGUAGCUGAGGAGAGUGAUGUUGAGUUGGGCCAAAGGGUUGGUUAUUCCAUUAGGUUUGAUGAUUGCACUUCUAGCUCCACGAGGUUGAAGUACAUGACUGAUGGGUUUUUGUUGAGGGAAGCUUUGUUGGAUCCGCUUCUUUCUAGAUAUUCAGUCAUUGUUGUCGAUGAAGCCCAUGAGAGGACUGUUCAUACUGAUGUUCUGCUUGCAUUGCUGAAAGAGGUGCAGCGGGCUCGGUCAAAGCAGGAAGGAGUACAAACAAAAGCAGGUGAUGAGAUUGGUGUGAAGCGGAAUGGUGGUGUGUUAAGAGGGUGCCAAGGCAGGAAAGUAUCUCCGUUGAAGCUGAUAAUCAUGUCUGCUAGUUUGGAUGCACGUGUUUUCUCUGAGUACUUUGGUGGUGCCAAAGCUGUUCAUGUGGAAGGGAGACAGUUUCCCGUUGACAUUUUUUACACAGUCCAUCCCGAAACAGAUUAUGUGGACGCAGCUUUGGUCACUAUAUUCCAGAUUCAUGUGGAAGAGAAGCCAGGUGAUAUACUUGUUUUCCUCACCGGGCAAGAUGAGAUUGAAUCUGUUGAAAGACUUGUCAAAGAAAGACUUGAGCAUUUACCUGAAGACAAGAGGAAGCUGCUGCCACUUGCUAUCUUCUCUGCUCUUCCAUCAGAGCAGCAAAUGCAAGUUUUUGCCCCUGCGCCAACUGGUUUUCGUAAGGUGAUUUUGGCCACAAACAUAGCGGAAACAUCGAUUACAAUUCCUGGAAUAAGAUAUGUGAUAGACCCUGGGUUUGUCAAGGCACGAACCUAUGAUCCAAGCAAAGGUAUGGAGACGCUUGAUGUUGUUCCAGCAUCAAAAGCACAGUCGCUUCAAAGAAGUGGACGUGCAGGACGUGAGGGUCCUGGCAAAUGUUUUCGUCUUUAUCCCGAAAGGGAAUUUGAGAAGCUGGAGGAGUCAACCAAACCAGAGAUCAAGAGAUGCAAUCUCUCUAAUGUCAUUUUGCAGCUCAAGGCUCUGGGAAUUGAUGACAUUGUUGGAUUUGACUUUAUAGAUAAACCUUCUAGGGGAGCCAUAGUGAAGGCAUUGACGGAGUUGCGCUUGCUUGGUGCCUUGACGGAUGAUUGCAAACUAGAGAAACCCGCCGGAGAACAAAUGUCACAGCUCCCACUAGAUCCUGUCUACUCCAGAGCUCUAAUUUUGGCCAAUAAUCAGUUCAACUGUCUCGAGGAAAUGUUAAUCACGGUUGCAAUGCUCUCUGUGGAAUCCAUAUUUUAUGAUCCUCGUGAGAAGAGAGAAGAGGCAAGAACCUCAAGAAACCACUUUGCUAGCGUUGAAGGGGAUCAUCUCACUUAUCUUAGCGUAUACCGAGAGUCAAAUGAGUUCUUGGAGAAGAGAAAGACAGAAAGCAGUGAAGCCAAAAUUGAUAAAAUCAUGAAAAAAUGGUGCAAGGACAACUUCGUGAAUAAUCGUUCCUUGAAACAUGCCCGUGACACUUACAGACAAAUUCGUGAACAUGUUGAACAGAUGGGUUUUAAUGUGUCUUCGUGUGGGAACGACAUGCUCGAGUAUCGUAGAUGUCUUGCUGCAUCGUUUUUCCUUAAAGCAGCACAGAGACAGAUGGAUGGGACAUACAGGGCGUUGGAAAGUGGGGAGAUUGUCCACAUCCACCCAACUUCUGUUUUAUUCCGUUCGAAACCCGAGUGCGUUAUCUUCAACGAGCUCAUGCAAACCAGCAAGAAGUACAUUAAGAACCUGACGAGAAUUGAUCAUUUAUGGUUGGCUGAGUUGGCUCCUCAUCAUUACAAAACAGAUGAUGAGAUGAAUGACUUUAACACAAGAGAUGGAAUGUUGCAGACUGAAGCUUUCUAAAUGAACAAGAAAAUGAAGUCCUUUACUGUUUUUGUUUAUCGUUUCCUCUCCGAUCCAGAUGACUGUUUCUAUUCUGUUAAAGAUGGAACACUGACUGAAGCUAAUGUUAAAGGAAAGUUGUUUGUUUGAUUCAAAGAUGACUUUGUAGCUGAGCUUAGAAUUAUAUUAAAUUACAGGAUAUGCUUGCA